CACUGAUCACCUGCUGUUCUGUUUAUAGCCGAGCUGGAUUCAGACCUGCAGAUGCGUCAAUACUAAUUCUUAACUUUCCUUAACACUCCUACAGCUUCAUCCUGAACAUUUAUUUGUGCUUUCAGUCUUCAAAAAUCCUGGAAAGAGUUUUCUUCUGUUGUACAUGUGUAUAUGUAGAUACUAUGUAAGUUCUUUGACACACAGUGUUCGGGAACGACAAGGUCUUGAGUCGGAAUUCUAAUAAUCAAUAAACAAUAUUCUUCCUGAACAACAGUCCCAAGCUCCCCUCUGCAGUUUUUGUACUACAGGAAGUUGUCCGAUAACCAAGUCGAGUUGUCAUGGGAACCAUCAGAGGAGACCAACUCGGACAUACUGUACUACAUAGUGAGAGUGUGGUGAGUGCUUUUUAAUCUAACAUUGAUUGAAUCUAUUGGAUGGCUGAUUUUCUUGAAUUCCCCCAAUACAAUGUAAUUCGAGACUCGGAUACAGGAUCAGACCCUCUUUACUAAAAGCUGAUUCAUGUGCAGGAGGCUGUAUGGAUGCUAUUUUGUAUAUAUAUAUUUAGAGACAGUGGUGGGCCGUGUAUUUCACCGCAGGCCUUCAGUGGUGUCCUACCUGAAUCAAUCCACAUCUGAAUACUAUCAUUAUAAAGAAACGCAGUAGAACAAGACAGAAAUCUCAUACAGUGAGAAUGAACACCAAUACAAAAGCGAGAAACCCAAUGAACACAAUACAACAAGUCUCUUUUCACUGGAGCCACAACUGCACCACUUGCUUACAUCUUCUCUGACAUAAGCAUCGAUUUUAAGCUUGUGCAGUUUAGGAGCUCUGACUAGAAUAUUAAAAUGCUGACAUGCUUAGACGCCUUCUAGAUGGCCUCAGUGACUCCAGCUUGCAAUCUGAUUUGUUAAAGUGGCAGCCUUCAUCAUCAUGCUCUGUAUGUGUGAAGGCUCAAGGCAUAUGGAUACCUUUGACCCUGGCAACACAUGAUGUGACGGCUGAAAUCUGAUUGGAUAAAAACAAUGUAAACAGAAAAGCCAUGAAAUGAGAGAAUAGACUCUGGACCAAUGCAUAUAUAUUACAAUGUAUUAAAGAGAUUUUGAAAAAUGUUUAGGCCAGUAGAGAAGAUCUUGCUAGCCCUGACCUCCAGCCACUGACUAAAGAUCCUGGCACUUUUUAUGAACUAAAAUAUGUCAAAAUAUAGCGAUAUUAGUCAAUUUUUUGCAUGGAUUUACUUAUCUAAAUACAUCAAUAUUAUGAUAACGAUUUCCAGUGUGUUUUGUAUGUAUGUGCAUGCCUGUGUUUGUGUGUGUGUGUGUUAGGAACUUGAGCUCUGAGUAUGUAGCCAAUGUGACUGAGACGUCAUUAGUGGUGAGUGUAGAUGGCCCUGGACUGUAUAACGCCUCUGUGAGCGGGUGGACUUGGUUUGGCGAUGGAGGUGUACUUAUCUACAUCACUUUAAGCACAUCAGAGUCGGCUCCCUCAGAUCCCCCUCAGAAUUUGUUCUACACACUGCUGUCUCCAAGGACAGUAAGAUUGAAUUGGAGCCCCCCGAGUGAGCCGAACGGUAUCAUACAGUACUACACAAUUUACUACAGCGAUAACAUCACCAUCUCCACCCAGCGAGUACCGGGUGUGUUUCAGUGGGCGGAGCUGGCCAGGCUGAGGGCAGGGCAUGAAUACAGGGUGUGGCUGAGCUCCAGCACGUCUCUGGGUGAUGGAGGGGUGAUCAGCAAACCCCUUAACUUCACCACACCAGAGGAUGGUCAGUCUCCUCACACAGACAGGGCAGGAGAGCAGCUCUGCACCGUUUUUCCAACCGUUUUCACCUCGUUUCUACAAAAAAAAAUCACACCAAAACUCAAGGAUGCACUCGAGUCAGGAUUAGACAAUAGAUAAAGGAUAUGAAUAAAGUUUAAUACAACUGGUGAAACAAUCCAUUAGAGAUUAUGGUUAAGGACAAAUCUCAACAUGUAUAAAAAAAAAGUUAAUCUCUUGGAAUGGGUUUUACCCUGUUG